AUGUCUUUUGGGCUUACUAAUGCUAAUGAGGAAGAACAUGCCCAGUACUUGAGAUUUGUUCUACAGAGACUAAGAGAGAAGCAACUGUAUGCAAAAUUCAGCAAGUGUGACUUUUGGUUGCCUCAGGUUAGGUUUCUAGGCCAUAUAAUUUUAGCCAUAGGGAUUGAAGUAGACCCUGGAAAGGUUAAAGCUGUAGUAAAUUGGGAGAGUCCCAAGACAGUAACUGAGAUCAGGAGUUUCCUGGGUUUAGCUGGUUACUACAGGAGGUUCAUAGAGAAUUUUUCCAAAAUAGUUAUGCCUAUGACACAGCUUACCAAGAAAGAUGCUAAGUUUGAAUGGAAUGAAGACUAUAAGAAUAGCUUUUAA